AUGGCUGGGAACAUCCUCGUCGCUGUUCUAGUUGUGGCUGAUCAGCACCUUCACACUCCUAUGUACUUUUUCCUGGGAAACUUGUCCUGUUUGGAAACUUGCUACACCUCCACGAUUCUCCCCAGGAUGUUGGCCAGCUUCGUGACAGGGCACAGAACCAUUUCAAUGAGGGCCUGUCUCACACAAAUGUACUUCUUUGGCGCUCUGGGAGCUGCAGAAUGUUACCUUUUAGCAGCGAUGUCUUACGAUCGGUAUUUAGCAAUCUGUAAACCAUUGCAUUAUGUAGGUCUUAUGAAUGGCAAGUCCUGCCUCCAGCUGGCAGGUGGGUCUUGGAUAAUUGCAUUUCUGACUAUUAGUAUAAUUGUGUUAUUGAUCUCUCGGUUAACUUUCUGCGGUGCUAAUGAAAUUAACCAUUUCUUUUGUGAUCUCACACCGGUGGUAAAACUCGCCUGCACGGAUACCAGGGUGAUGGAGCUUGCAGCUUUCAUCUCCGCUUCCAUAGUGACUCUGCCACCAUUUCUAUUAACUGUUGUAUCCUAUGUUCUUAUUAUAGGCACAGUUCUGAGAAUCCCAUCCACCACUGGAAAGCAAAGGGCAUUUUCCACCUGUUCCACGCACCUCAUAGUGGUGACAAUUUUCUAUGGGACCCUAACAAUUGUGUACGUCUUACCAAAAACCAAGACUCUUAGAGACCUGAACAAAGUGCUCUCUCUUUUCUACACGGUCCUGACUCCCCUGGCCAAUCCUCUCAUAUACAGCCUGAGAAACAAAGAGGUAAAACAGUCCCUGAAAAAAGCCGUCAGGAAAUUUAUGGCUUUCGUAAGAAUUCAGGCAAUUAGAAUGAAGUUAUUUAAGUUAACAAAAAGCUGA